GCUGCUAAACUAUUUAAGUGUGUAGAGAAGAAACAUCAGUCUUGUUCUGUUAUCAUUGCGAGACAUUUGUGUUUCUAUUGUCAUUUUAGCUUUGUGACUAGCGUGAACACAUUGAGAAUGCGGCUGUUUCUGGCAAGCAUCGUCUUUGUGCUGCCGGCACUGAGUUUUCCAGGCAUCGUCGGUAAACUUGAAGAAAACAUUACUACAUGCGGUGACUUCUUCUUUGAUGAAAAGCCUCCAGUUAUUCCUGGGAUUCUGAUGAAUUCAGUCGCACUGAAUGAUACUUACAAAAUAAUCUGUCAAAAAUAUGAGAAUGAGAUCAGAUUUGCGACACUUUACGACACAAGAGAGAAGAUUCCUGUUUUCUCUGCUUACAAAUACAUCGGGGCAAACAAUUUCGAAAGACCACAGAUUCCUUGGAUGAUUGAGUCGGAGCUUGAACCUUCAGGUGAUGAAAUGUGUAAACCAUUCACCAAACAAGCUAGAAUUAACUACUGGAUAAACAAAACUGAACAAGCCUACAUCCCCGGGACUUUAUUUCCUAUGAAUCACACAGCUGAUAGAGAAACCGCUGAAUCUACAUUAACACUGACCAACAGUGUGCCACUGAAACUACGCUUCAGAGAAGGACUUUGGAGUCUUGUGGAACAAGAAAUUAAGGAAAACAUGGACAGAAACUGUCGUGAUGAAAAUAACAACAUCGUUGCCUAUGUGCUGACAGGAGCUGUACCUGGUGGUGAGAAUUUAAAAGUAGUGAAGAUUCCAUCACACAUGUGGACGGCAUUUUGCUGCUAUAAUAGUUCAGAAACAGUCUGGGUCUCUCAAACAUACUGGGCUGAAAACACACAUAAUAAUGAUCUGAUCAACAUCAGGCUCCAUAGCCUGGAGGACUUACAGAACUUCCUCAAUGAACAACUGGGGAGAAACAUCAAGCUGUUUAACAACAAUUGUGGAAAAAAAUCUAACAAACUGCCGCCUUCGUUCAGAUCAGUGCAGAUAAGAGCGGAUGGCUGAGGAUUCAGAAUAACAUAUAAUUGAUUGUUUACUCUGUUUAAAGGAUUACACACUUAGUUUUUUUCCUUAGUGAUUUUGACAAUCUUACUACGAGCAAAUGUUUAUUAGAAAAUGCAAAAAAAAAAGUAUGUAACUGCCAUCUUCAAUAAAGCUUGCAAAUU